CCUCCCCCCCCCGCCUUACUCAUUUUCCACUUUCUCGCUUACAUAAUUUCAUGGUAAAACAUUUUUGUUCAAGCUCCUCAAAUUCACACCUCUCGGUCAAAUCCUAGUGUGAAGCUAAUUUGUAGAAGGCUUAUAGAGAUAACAUGGGCUUUGAGCACUACUUUUCCCAUGGAUGGAGGAAGCAAAUCCCAGCUUCAAUGGAAAAUUCUGAGAAGUUUAAGCCUUGUUUUGAUUGCAACAUUUGCUUAGACUUCGCAUCUGACCCUAUAGUUACCCUUUGUGGCCACCUCUAUUGCUGGCCUUGCAUUUACAAGUGGCUUCACGUCCAGAGCGCUUCCCUCGCCCCCGACGAGCCUCCGCAGUGUCCGGUUUGCAAGGCCAAUAUUUCCCACACGACAAUGGUCCCUCUCUACGGCCGUGGUCAAUCGGCUGAACAUGCUGAGGUUGAUGCCAGAGGGAUGCUUAUACCUCCUAGACCAUCAGCUUUUGGCAACAAGGCUCUAGCAACUAUCAGAUCUAAUAAUGCUUCUAGCCAGCAGUUUGCUUAUGGAGACCUAGAUCAAAACCAAAACUACAACUUUGAUGUGUAUGAUAGCUAUGAAGAGGACUCAGGCAGCUCGUUGUUUAGCCUCGAAGACAACCCGGUUGGAAGCUCUCAUCAUCCUACGGCCGGGAUGCUCGGAGAGACAGUUUAUGGUAGGUUCUAUUGGGACUCAGAGAACAUAUACCGACACCCGAAUUCUUAUGGUUUAAGUGGGAGUAAUAGUCCUCGGUUGAGAAGGCAGGAAAUAGUGGCUGAGAAAUCGCUUAACAAAAUAUAUUUUUUUCUUUUCUGUUGCUUUCUUUUGUGUCUUGCUGUAUUCUAAUUACAAUUGGAGAUUUGUGUAGGCUCUCAUUUGUAACCAGUUUUGUAAAGGGAUAUGAAACUUUGGUACCAUAGAUUAAUUAAACACACCACAUUUUGUGUA